AUGUCUUCUUCAUCAUCUGUGUCUGGUAACACUUACUUUCACCGCCGGCAUGUGGAAAGAGGAACGCCGAAACAGUGUUGGUGUGGUGAACCCGCUGAAUUAUGUACAUCUGCAUCACGGGCUAAUCCAGGAAGACUGUACUAUUGCUGUCGCAAAGGAUAUAUUAAGAGACAUUUAUUCAAAUGGGCGGACGAGUGCUUGGUGGAAGAGGUAGAAGAUAUGAAAUCGGUGAUGAGUGACAUGACCAAAGGCAUAUCAGAUCUGAGAGUAGACGUUGGUCGGUUGGAGAAAGAACUCGGUAAAGCGGAAAAGAUGAAGUGUUUGAUGUUUCCAGUGGUGGUUUGUGGGUUUGGUAUGGCCAUAUUUUGGCACUAUUUCUUUGCGUAG